CAUCUAUAUAGUGUACAUUUUCAAUGACUAUUUCACGUAUAUAUUCAUUUUCUCAUUGAUAUUUAUUAUUUGUGAUUUUUUUUCUGUAGUGGAAGAGGAAGAAUCAGAUUGCUCGGAUAAUUGAAAUUAUAUUAUUAUUAUUGCUUUUUUAAUUAUUUGCAAAUUUUACGUGUGUGAAGUGACAAACAUGCCAACAUAUGAAAUGCCGCUUAUGAUACGUGUCAUGAAAAAGCCGGAACUGAUAGCAACUUUAAAGAGAGCAACCACAACGAUAUUUAAUACUGGGGGUUUUUUAAGAAAAAUUGAGAAUUGGGGAGUAAAACCAUUUCCAUGCAAAGUGAGAGCUCAUGGACAUAUUUAUAAAGAAGCAAACCAUUUUCUUAUUCAUUUUGAUAUACCUCCAAAAGAAAUGGAAAAAAUUUUAGAUCAAUAUAACAGAGAUGUUGAUAUCGUUAAAUUGAAAAUAUUUAAAAAAAAUGAACCUAUUAAAAAAGAUUGUACGUUCCAUGAGGAAAUGUUACCACCACCAUACAGGCCUAGUGUCCAGAAAUUAGUGGAGCUGGCAAAGAAGAGGCACGAUAAUAAAUAUGCAUUUAAAUAUAAUAGUGGAUUAAACUAUUAUCCUUUUAAUAAAUAAGUAUAGGUUCUUUUUUUGUUGUACAUAAUAUUAUUUGUUUCAAAAUAAAAUAUAUCAAAAAAUUGAAAA